AGUUGUAUGCCGAGUGCACAAGCACGGUAGUUUUCGUCAGAGUUCGAGAGCACAGUUUUGUGUCUUGCGAAUAGCAGCAGAAGCAAAGGACGAACAGCAGCUAGGAGCACACCCAUGCAGAGCUCUUUUGCCGCGUGCUCGCAGGUGGUCUGCGUGGCCGAGGACACCGCCGUCUCCUUCUACGCCCCCAAGUCGCUCAAGAAGUUUCGCGUGGAGCGCCUUGGCGGGUCGCGUGUGUGCGGCAUGCAUCUCCAGGCCAUCUCGACCGCCACGGCCACCUUGCAUGUCAUUGAUGCGGAGGGGACAUGGUAUCAGUUCUCGAUGCAGGGCGGUGCACCGACCCUCACCAAGUCGAGCGCCAUCGUCCUCCCCACCACAGAAGUCGCGGCGGCCGCCUCUUCCUCCUCCGCCGCGUCAUUGUCGGACAACGCGACGGCGUCGCCAAUGCAACGCGAGAAGGCGCCACCGUCCGCGAGUAGUGAUACCGCAACUGGAAACCCACAGACGUCAGAAGAUGCAACGAGUGCGGUCGUGGUGUCCGCCCACUUCCACACCCAGCCGGGCGGUCAGCUGUACGCGGUGCUGCUCACCAGUUCGGCGGUGCUGGAGGUAGCUUUGAGUGAGGCACCGGCGUCUACUGCGCCGACCGCAGUGGCAGUGCAUGCUUUUCAGCAUCCGACGCAGCACGCGCACCUCGCUGUGGGGCUUUUAACGGGCCUGAUAGCGGUGGCGGCGCCGCAGGCACGUGAGUUCUACUUCUCCGCCUUCGCCGAUCGCAUUGCUGCGCAUCAGCCGCAGCCGCAGCGCCGAUCGUCCUGCCCUCCGCUCGGAGUCCGUUCCGUCAACGUCGAGAUCCAAAGCGUCGCCUGCAGCCCUGUGCACAUGUCCGUCGCUGUCGGCGGUAGCCGUGGUGAGCUACUAAUCUUUGUGGACGUGCAGGAGGCCCACAGCUUCUCCGAUCACUGGCACCACACGCCGCUGACGGCGCUGGCCUUCGCGGUGGAUGGCAGCGCCGUGUAUACCGGAGGACGAGAGGCGGUUAUGCUGGUGUGGGACCUCGUGUCCUUCAGCCACAAGAAGAUUAAGUGCCACCUGGGACCGAUGCGGGCCAUCACGCCCUUGCGCGACGCCGGUGCGCAGCUGCUCGUGUCGUGUGGGACGUCCACGCUGGCGGUCGUUGAUUUGCUCCAGAUGCGUGUGACCGCGUCGGCGGAGGGCAUUGAGUGGGCCGCCGAGGACGUUUGCACGGGUCUGGUGGUGGAGCAGUGGCGGGGCCAACCCGCCGUGGUGCUGACGGGCAUGCCGAACGUGUUGCGUGUGUGCGACCCCUACACCCAGCAGUCCAUCUACUCGCUACACGUGUCGUCGCAGAUGGAGACGAUUGCGACGCCGCCGCGGCACGGCAUCCAGUUGGUGGGCAUGCUGAACGAGGGGCGCUCACUGGUCACCUACGAGUCGUUCUCCUCGACGGUGCUGCCGCCUCUGCUGCGCUUCUGGGAGUACGACGCGCGACGCAAGCAGCACGUGGAGACGCAGACCGUGUACUCCCCCCACCGGUCUGCCGUGCUGGCGCUGGAGGCCGACAAGCGCGGUCGGCGCGUCUUCACGCUGAGCAGGGAUGCCGUGAAGUGCUGGGCGCAGACGGCGUACACCGCCCGCGACACCUACGGCACGACCGCCGGUGGCUGGCACACCCACUCCACCAUCGCCACCCCGUCCCAGAAUGCGCGGACGAUGGCCCUGUCGGCCGACGGCUCGCUCUGCUUCGUCGCCGACGACUGCCUGCACGUCUACUCUGUCAAAGCAUGUCGGCCCGGUGAGCCGUGGCCGUUGCUGCGCAUGUUGCCGCAGUACACGGAGACGGCGCCGCUGCUGCAGGUGGUGGUGGCCCCGGACUGUCGUCACGUCGUCGCCGCCGGAGCUCGUCAGCUCUUCUUCUGGGCCCUGGACGGAGCGGCCGAGGAGCCGACAGUGUUCAGCGUGGCGAGGGGGCGCAUCACCGCCCUCUGCGCUUUCUCGGACACCACCGUUGUCGCCGCCUUGUCCGACACCUCGCUGGUGGAGCUGCGCUGCUGCGCUGCCUCCUCUGCUGCGGCGGAGGGCGACGACGACGCACAGAAAGUGCCGCAGCUGGGAGAGGUGGUCCGCCGUGUGCCGCGUGCGUCGCGCUUCCCGCUGCGCCACAUGGCCGCCCUGCACCUCAACAGCCAACGCCUCGCUGCAGUGGACGCGGUGACGGGCUUUAAGGUGCUGCAUCUUCCAUCCGGCGCCUCGCAGUCCUCCACGUUCGAGUGGACAGGAGGGGAGGAGGAGGGUGACAGUGCGGACGGCGCGGCGCGGCGCCAGCGGCAGCAACAGUUGCAGUCCUUCUUUAAGGACAUGACGUCCAUCCAAGACUCCUACGAGAACGGCGUGGCGGCUGGGCAACAGGGGUCACUAGCGACGGCACAGCAGAUGAUCCAAGCGGAUAAGUGGUUAGAAGAGGUGCUCGGUGAGCCAGCCUACACGGCGCCACCGAUGAGCGCGGUGCUGUCAACCUAUCUCCAGCGUCUCUCGUAA